AUGAUGCCGCUGGUGGAGGCCCCGUUCUGCGACGAAAUGUAUGCCACGUGUUUGGACAGGGUGGCCACCAUCAAGGACGCUUCCGCGCCUGUCAAGGACCGCAUCGAGGCCAUUCAGCUCAUGCAUGGCGACGCGGGGUGGGGCGACAAUGGACGCGAGGCGAUGCGGGCCGGUGCCAUCGAGGCCCUGGUGGAGGUGGCCACGGAUGGGUGGCCCCAAGGCGGCGACCUGGCCUCCUCCAGCUGCCCCUAUGAUGAGGUGAUCGAGGUGGGCACAAGCACAGGGCAGGAAGAGGAGGAGGAGGAAGAGCAGGAGUAUCGGUGCAGGCACAAGAGGAGCAUGCGGCGCGUGGCCAUCUGCUGCCUGACCGAGAUGGGAAACUACCAGCCCCUGGCGCUGCGCAUGGCGGCGGCGGGGCUGCUGGACAGGGGCCUGCCAGACAUGAUCCGAGACUCGCUGGCAAGGUAUCGCUACGGCCAGUCUCUGCGCAGCAUGGAGGAGAGUGCAGACCAGGUGCAGCACAUCGCAGAGCGGCUGCUCAACCUGUGCGCCAGCCUGGUCGGCGCGCCGGGCAGCACAGACCAGCAGGUCAUGGCGCGGUGCGGCGACGUCAUUCUGGAGGGCUACGACGCCUUUGCCCGUGUGGCAGCCGCCUCCGACCUGCACCCCGGCCAGGACGGCGCCCACCUGCGGCACGACCCCGAGUGGGCGGAUGCCGGCUCCCAGGAUGACUGUGGCCUCCGCAUGCCCAACCCCCAGCCCGAGAACUUCCUCCGCUUCUGGGGCAACGGCCUGCGGUGGCUGGGCAGCCCCGCGGAACAGGACCGACUGGUGGCCAAGGGGCUUGUGGGCAAGCUGCGGCAGACCGAGGCCUCGGGGGUGUCGUGCAAGAGCAUGGUGCUGGCAGCGCUGGAGCCGACAUGGGAGCGGUACAGCGCGCGGGAGGCCAAGAAGGCGGCCAGCGAGCUCAAGGAGGUGACCAAGGCGGGGAAGUCGGCCAGGCACCUGGGCAAUGAGGCCUUCCAGGCUGGUCAGUACGAGGAGGCUGUGGCGCAGUACGAGCAGGGCAUCGCCGCCACCCCGCAGGACCCUCAGCUGUUUGGCAACAUGUCGCUGGCGCUGCUGCGCCUGGAGCGAUUCAAGGAGUCGCUGGAAGCGGCGCAGGCGGCCACGCGGUUUGACCCCACGCGCCCCAAGUUCUGGGCCCGCAUGGGCGACGCGCACCGGGCGCUGGGCCAGCACGCCUGCGCGCUGCUGUGCUACGAGCAGGCCGCCAAGCUGGCGCCGCGGGACGAGGAAAUCCAGCAGAGGAAGGAUGCGGCCGAGGCGGCGGUGGAGCCCGCCGAGCAGCUGCGUGUGGCUGAGCUGCCGAGGCAGCAGCAGAUCUACCAGGACGAGGCCUGGCUGCAGAGCCUGGCUGAUCGGUCGCCCGACGAGCUGGCUGAAGUGAUGGAUGAGGAAGUGGACAAAGCGACGCGCAAGCUGCUGGGGCUGGCCCCCGACGGCACAGAGGACUGGCGGCACACGCCCCGCGGCAUGUUCCUGGACAAGAUCGGGCCCCUGCUGGACCUGGCGGAGUCGGCGGCGACCGCGGGCAGCGCGCCCGCAGGCCUGGGCCAGUGGUGUGCGAGCUGGUCUGACAUGCCUCCCAUGCUGGACCAGAAGGGGCCGAUGUUCAUGAUCAGCGUCAUGUGCGACCACGAGCAGCGCAUGAGCAUGCUGCGCCAGGGCCGCCCCACCGCGCCCCUCAUCGUGCAAGCGCUGAAGCUGGGCAUGACGCACCCAGAGAUGCCCGACAGCCGGCCGGAGCGGCCGCUCCGCGUUCUGGUGGCGCACAGGAUGAAGGCUGAGUAUGCGGCUGUGGAGGCGGAGAUGCGGCGCCUGGGGGUGAUGUGCCAAUUGGAGACCAGGGAAGAGGCGCUGGCGAGCGCGGCGGCGCACGGCACCAACGCCGACGGUUUCAACUUUGCCGACAAGGACGAGGCCUGA